CCUGUUCAAUAGGAAGAUUCAUCAUCUGGGUUCCGCAAAUUGAGAUUUAUAUAUAUAUAUAGAGAGAGAGGGAGGAAAUGGAACCUGGGUUCUACUCGGAAUGGAAGGACAGCUGUUCCUCGAUGUACGGAUCGGAGAAUCUGGAGGAAGAGAUUGAAGAGGGAGUUUGCAGAGGCGGCGAGCAGAUAUUCGGGUCGAUCCCUCAGCCUCAGACACCCAAAGAGCCAAUGGAGUUUCUGUCCAGAUCAUGGAGUCUAUCUGCUUCCGAAAUCUCCAAAGCUCUCGCUCACAAACAUACACAACCUCAACAUCAGUUUUCCCCUGUCCUUUUGUCCCCACCCGCCGACCCCCUCGUGGCAGGGAAAAUCAUGAACUCAGUCAGCAGGCGGAGAACAGGGCCAUUGUCCAAGUGGUUCCAACACAAGGAACGCCCCCACCCAAUCAUCAGAAACACACUAAAGAAGAAAGACAAGGCGCGCGUUGAGAACGCCAGGGUCCACUCAGCCGUAUCCAUAGCAGCUCUGGCAGCUGGGUUAGCGUCUGUGACUGCCACUGAGAGCUGCAGCUCUAAGAUGGCAUCGGCAUUGGCUUCAGCAACCAAGCUGUUGGCCUCACACUGUGUUGAGAUGGCUGAGGUGGCCGGUGCUGAUCACAACUCUGUGGCCUCUGCCGUUAGGUCUGCCGUGGAUAUCCACAGCCCCGGUGAUCUCAUGACUCUUACUGCUGCAGCUGCAACAGCACUGAGAGGAGAAGCGGCUCUGAAGGCGAGGAUGCCAAAGGAGGCAAGGAAGAACACAGCUAUCACACCGUGUGAGAGGAGUUUCUCCGAAUCUCACUGGCCAAUAAGUUUUCAAUAUAGAUUGGAGGAACCAGGUCUUCCGCUCGAGGGAGAGCUUGUGCAAUGCACUCGAAAUGGAGGUCAGCGCACUAAGCGUGUGUCUCUGUACAUCAACAAGAAGUCUCAGGUCAUAAUCAAACUCAAAAGCAAGCACGUCGGAGGGGCAUUCUCCAAGAAGAUCAAAUGCAUUGUAUACGGAGUGUGCGACGAGAUAUCUGGGUGGCCUUACAGGAAAGAGAGAGACAAUUCAGAAGAAGUGUCCUUUGGUCUGAAAACGGGACAGGGUCUUCUGGAGUUCAAGUGCAAGAGCAAGUUCCACAAACAGAGAUGGGUUGACGGCAUUCAGUCUUUUCUCCACCGAGUGUCUUUCUUCGAGCCUCCAAAAUGCUCUCUUGACUCUCUUAGCCUCAGUGAUCGUGUGUGAUGUUGUUGUUUCCUGUAUAUAUCUAUAUAUCUCCAGAAUUUUGCUGUUGUAAGGUUUGAAAUACAGCAAUUGUUCAAUCCCAUGUACCGUAAACCGUAACCUUGGGGAGGCUUUUCGGAAUAAAACACACAAGAGUUUUGCGCA